GUUUUGACAACGCUGCUCGAUUCCAAAAAAGAAUAGCUAUAUAUUAAAUUUUCUACGGAAAACUCGAACUAAUAAAAUUCCACAAAAAAAGUAGCGUGCAAAAUGUCUGACAGUAUUCAUUGUUCCCGUCAUAUCUCUUAUGAGCAAUUCAAAAUAUUAAUUGAUUUCAUGGGACAACACGUAGGGCUUGCAACAGGAAGCGCUCGUACUUUGGAAGCAAGACAUAAGUCUAAAAGUUUGUGGAAUGAACUAACAAAAAUGUUAAACAAUGCUAGAUCUGGCACCAAAAAGACAUCUGAUGGUUGGAGUAAGUAUUGGAGUGAUUUUAAAAAUAAACUCAAAAAUAAAGUGAGACUACUGAAGAAGAGACAGAAGCCUGGUGCCUCCUCAAAAAGUAUUGUUAACCCCUUAACAAAACUAGAGAAGAAGGCACUAGUUAUCCUCGGUCCACAUUUCGGAAGAAAGAUAUCUAAGGUUUCUGUUGAUCCCUUUAAUUAUUUAAUUUCUUGCCCAACGGAUAUUAAAUUAGAGGCUUUCCAAGAAAAUGGACAUGAUGAUUGUUCCUUCACUCACAGUGAAUCUAGUGAUCGAUUGUCAGUCGAAGAAGACAGCAGUAUGAGUGAAAAUUCAAAUGAGGAAUUUGAUUAUGUAUAUGAAGAGGAUUCUAAUCAGCCAAAUAUACGGUAUGUGUACCCAAAAUGGCUAAUUCAGGUUGAGAACAAACGAGCAGAAGCUGAUCUUAGUCGAUCUAAGGCAGAAGCAAAAAGAGCAAUAAUCUCAGAAAAAAAUGCUGAUGCAGCUCUUGUUCAAGCUGAGGCCCUAAAGAAUCUAGCUGAAGCUGCAACAACACAAGCCAAUGCACUUGUCAGAAUAGCUACUCUGUUAGAGAAUAGAAGCCAAAGGGAAGACAUACUACCUAUAUGAUGUGAUGAUAUCUUGGAUUGGACUUAUAGCUUUGAAUAGUUAUAAUGGUAUGGUAUGGACUUGUUGCAUUUCAAGCAUGUAAAUAUGAAACAAAGACAUUUUAAACAUUGGACACUAACAUUCCAGUUAUCUACACUUACAAAAUGGUUUGUCCUAACUGACUAUCAACGCACAGCCAAAAGUAUUGAUUGUUGAAAGUUGACAUUUAGGUUUAUUUUAUGUCGUAAGUAUCUGUUACGAAAGGAUUUUUACUUGUGAUUGUUGAAUGUGGGGGAGAAAUUAGAAUUGUAACUGAAUUCUACCCGUACAAACCUAGUUUGUAAAAUAAAAUAAAGAUUGCUGUAUAUAUUAUAAAAACAUAAUUUUGUUGUAAAA